UUAUGCUAGAAAGAGAAUCUGAUACUGCAUCGCUCUUCCACUGGUUUCUCUGUAUUAAUAUAAUCAUCUGCCAGAAAAAUCAUAUUCAUUCUCUCAUAUCAAGAGUCUCUGCUUUUCUUGCAUUUCUAGUUUUCUACUCAACGUAUAUCACUUCAAAUGGAAAAUAUCAAGGAAAAAUCAAGUGGGAAAAAAAAGAGCAUACUUGUAGGACCAUGGGGAGGAAAUGGUGGGAGUAGCUGGGAUGAUGGAAUGUAUAAUGGAGUUAGAGAAAUCACCCUUGUUUUCGACCGUUGCAUAGACUCAAUCCAGGUUGUGUACGACAAGAAUGGCAAGCCAGUCACCGCAGAAAAACAUGGAGGAGUAGGAGGCAGUAACACAGCUGAGAUAAAGCUCCAAUAUCCAGAGGAGUUCCUAGUGAGUGCAAGCGGCCACUACAGCCCUGUGGUUCCCGGUUGGAGUCCAGUGAUUCGGUCGCUGACAUUGAAGAGCAACAAGAGAACAUUUGGACCAUUUGGAGUAGAAGAAGGGACACCCUUUACUCUUUCCAUGGAAGGAGGAUCCAUUGUGGGAUUUAUGGGAAGAAGUGGAUGGUACCUUGAUUCUAUUGGAUUUCGGUUAUCUCGUUCUCAAUCUACUAAGCUUCUCCAGAAGGUUCAAAAAAGUCUUCAAAGGCUUACUAGUUCUGUUUCAAAAUCUUCUGCCUCUAAUAAGGAUAGUGACCAGCAACAAAAGCCUUAUUAUUAAGUUCAAUUGAGGCUAGCUGCUUACAACUUGAUCUUUGUGUUUGUGUAUAGGAUCUUGUUUUGUAUUAUAUGGGGUUCUGCUCACAAGAAUAAAUCUAGUUGAUUUGCGAGAUUA